UUGACGUUCCUUCAUUUGACCAAACAAAUUUUAAAUUUGUAUACUAAAACUUAGUAUUUCCAUCACAAAAAUUCUUCAAUGGGUUCCACCGAUCUCCCCGCGCCACCACUAAACGUGGCCGUGAUCGGCGCCGGCUUGGCGGGGCUGUUGGCGGCGCGGGCUCUAAAAAUCGAAGGCCACCGCGUCGUAGUCCACGAGAAAUCGGACCGACUCGGCGGCACAUGGGCCUACGACCCGCGGGUCGAGUCCGACCCGCUGAGCCUCGACCCGGAUAGGGAGAUCGUGCACAGCAGCUUGUACCAAUCGCUGCGCACCAAUCUCCCCAGGCAGCUCAUGGGCUUCUCGGACUAUCCGUUUUCCACUGACGGAGACCUGAGAACCUUUCCGGGUCACCCAGAGGUGCUCCGCUUUAUCAACGAGUUCGCCGCCGAGUUCCGACUCGUUGAGUUGAUACGGUUCGAAACGGAAGUAGUCCGAGUUGAGCGAGUCGACUCGGGGAACGACCAAUGGAUCGUCGAGUCGAGGAACCGCGAAAUGAGUUCGAACGAGUUGUUUGACGCCGUUGUGGUUUGCAACGGACAUCAUACUAUACCAAAACUAGCUGAUUUUCCAGGAAGAGAAAAGUGGCCAGGUCAACAGAUCCACAGUCAUAAUUAUAGGGUACCCGACCCAUUUGAAAAUCGGGUUGUGGUUGUGAUUGGCGACGGACCAAGCGCAGUUGAUAUAUCACUUGAAAUUGCUGACGUGGCGAAACAAGUAUAUCUCUCUUCAAGAUCGCCCAAAGUAAAAGUGACAAAGUUGGAUUGUAGAGAUAAUAUAUGGCAACAUUCAAAGAUUGAUCAUGCAAAUGAAAAUGGAGAAGUUGUUUUCGAAGGUGGUGCUGUCGUUCAUGCAGAUAUCAUCCUCCACUGUACUGGGUUUAUGUAUAGUUUCCCAUUCUUAAAGACGGAAGGCAUCGUAACUGUGGAAGAAGGUCGUGUUGGCCCCCUUUACAAACAUAUUUUUCCUCCAAAGCUUGGCCCGAAUCUUUCUUUUCUUGGAAUCCCAUAUAUGACCGUUGUAACUCAAAUGAUAGAAUUCCAAGCAAAGUGGGUGGCUCGUAUUUUAUCCGGCAAGGUUUGGCUUCCAUCGGAGGAGGAGAUGGAAACGGAGGUGCGACAACACUACCAACUCAUGGAGGAGAAAGGGAUACCGAAGCACUACACUCAUGCACUCCAGUUUGAGUUGGACUACUUGGACUGGCUAGCUAAUCAAGUGGGAGAAAGAGUCCAUGAAACUACACACUUAUUACUGAAAAGAUACUUGAAAUUCGUUAUGGAAGGAGGCAACAAAUGGAGGCAUAGAGAAUGGGAACCUAACUUGAUGUAGUUCACUUUCUUGAUUUGAAUUCAACAUGGUGAACAUUGUAAUUCAUAAGCAACGGCCAUAACCUGUCUUAUUAUGAGCUAUUACUAAGAGGAUGUUUUCUGGUAA